CCAGUUGGCCCUACUCUCUGGGAUUGAGUUUCACAGAUUCAGCUGCAAUGGGCGGUGGCACCUCGGAGCGCACAUCCCGCGUGACUGCCGAUCACAGCAUAGUGCAGGACUGCGGAGAUGCGCGUGAAGAGGAUGUGAGGGAAGCAUUCAAAGUGCUGAAGAUCACAGACGAGGAGCUGGCAGAGAUACGGCAACCGCGGGCACACAGGAUCCGAGUGGCCGGGAUGCGCAGAUAUCCGGCAUGGUCGCACCCGACCGGCGACACCCGCGACGGCCAGACUUCAAAUACCCGGACAAAAAGCAGAGGGCAGGUGCAAUCUGCAUCGCGCAGUGCCCCUAGCCGGAAGGGCAGCUGCAAGAUCCUGCAGGCAGGAUGGGACCCAGGCAAAACCACUCCCACAGCUGUAAAGGCAGGUUUAGACGAUAUUGCCUGUGGAUUGGAUGUCGACCACUUGCAGUGGAUUCGGCCUGCUCAAGCCACUUGCGGUUAGUUGGCUUGCGCCUCUGGCCGGGCAACUGAAGUGAGCGGUGCCAUCUCGGAGCGGCAAACCUACACAAGCUGAAAGAUUGCGGCAAGUGAGAGACGAACUCAGCUUGCUCGAUGUGCCCAACCGCAUGCUUGGCGAAAGCAAUGGCUGCAAUGUUUCAUGUACUCAUGCGUGCAACCCCCCGCCUCAGCA